CUGCCUCUGGCGUGGAGCGCGAUUUGAAUUGCUCCUUUUAUCGUUGGGAUUUUAUAGGAAUAUGAAUUGAGAUAUAAGUGAACCUUUAAUGACUUAUGUGUGUUUUUAAUGUAUAUUUUAACAGCAGACACCACUAUAAUUUACCAUAAAUGUACAAGGUGGCUACCGCUGUGGAGAUGAACACUGGUAUCACAGAGGGAGAGCAGAAAGAGAAAAUGGUGUCCCCCUCAGAGGAGGACUCCCCUCCUGUCAUAAAUGACACCUCAGCCCCCCUGAAUUUCACCGAGCUCACACCAUGUCAGUUUGGCAUCUCUGUCCAGAGUUUUACCCCCGCAUCACUGUCAAACCGCAAAGAUAAGUCCCGUCUAGCACAAAUAAAGGCAAGGCGGCGGUCCAGCAUUGGUGUCCGGGGCUCCCCAGAGACAAACUCCCUCAUCCGCUUCAUGGCCCAACAGAAGAUGAAGACUCCACCAACCUUCCAAACUCCUGAGCCUGUCAGAAGUAGCCCCUUCCGGGUCGCCUCCACACUGAGGCAGAAGAUGGCCUCCUUCCAGAACCUGAUGGAUGUUGAAGAGAGUGAGGUCUGUGAUCCGAUGCCAAAGCAGGACAGCAACACUGGAGGAUGCAUCAAGACAAGAGAUUAUCUGUCUGAUGGGAACAGCCAUGAUGGAGAGAAGGAGAACCACCCACUACUGGUGACACCCACAGCCAGUAAGAGGAGGCGUGUUGGCCCACUAGAAAGCUGCAAGUUGGAGAUUAGAGAGGGUACUGCUCCUAUCCCCCACUUCAGUCUGGAGGAGCAUGAGGGGGAUGAACCAGUGGCGCAGGUUGUGACACGAGGACCACUGCCAUCCAGUGAGACUGUGGAAGAGGCCUGUGCUGUGCUUAUAACCCCACCCUUUCAUGUUGACUUUGAGCUUCAAGCCUGUUCCCCUACUGACAACCAACAGGACUGUGGCUUUGAACUCCAAAGCUCCUGCCAACCACCACCUGGUGAUCCUGCAGCCGCUUCACCAGCCCGGCCUGCAUCCUCCUUCCGCAUCCCCUCUCUCCCUUCACAGCUGGAGAUGAGGCCUACAGAAGACGAUGACUCCACUGGGAAGUCCACGGUUAAGAACAAGAAAAAGAGCGUGCGCUUUGGAGGUCCGCUCUCUCCUGAGUUCUUUGAUAAGAACCUUCCCCCCAGCACCCCGCUGCAGAAGGGGGGCACACCAGCCCGAGCACCCACACCAGGUGGGCGCUUACAGCUGCGCUCAGUGCUGAAGACGCCACAAAGGAGUGAAUCCCAAACACCACAAGCUCAGCCAGACCUCAGCAGCCCCACUGUGUUUGGUGCCUCACCUACACUUGCAAUGCCUCGCAAUCGCAGAAUGCGGUCUGUGGGAGAGGACAGUGGAGAGAAGGAUGGAAAGUUUUUCUUCCCUUCAGUGGAGGAGAGUGACUCUCCAGUGACGAAUGAUACAGUAUGUACGUGGGACACCCAGCCGUUGAAUUUAAACACUGCUUUCCAUGAGGAGUCUCUUUCUCAGAUUCUGACAGAGUCUGGGACUAAACCCAGCUCAACCUCCAAGAUGGAUGCCAUGAAUGAGGUGAUGUCCUUCCUAGAGCAGGAAAAGCAAUCUGAAGCAACUGUUGAAGCUGCAGCCCAAUGUAGAAACAGAAGGAAAAAGCCAGGACCGGAGCUUGAAUCUAACAGUGAGGUUCCAGCUCGCUCCAGCAGUCGAAAGAGAAAGCAGCCAGAGCAGAGCGAACCUGUGAAGAGGUCGACACGCUCUGCUGCCAAGUCGGCCUCUGGGAAGAUGAAGAUGACCUCCACAGCAACACGUCGGUGGAACAGGGACGUGGACCGCUCUCUUUACGGCUCUCGGGCAUACGCCUCCAAGAACCCCGCCCUGAGUCCCAUCACAGAGAGGCUGUCCUUCAUUAGCCAGGCUCCCUCUGUGAGCUGCACAGCCCCAAAUCAUGAGACCCAAUUGAACCCUGAGAUGACUAACGACAAUCAAGUGCCUGGUGACCUGACUGUGACAAAUGGCUUGGAAAAUCCUUCUGAAAAUUCCAUCACUUCUCCAAACUCCAGUAAAGAAAACUCCACAAGGAAGGGCAGGAGGCUGUCUGGGCCGAGGGUCAGAGGGAAAGGACAUAAGAAAAGGAAAGUCAGUGUUGCUGAUGGUGUUCUGCUUGGUGAGGAGACUCUGGACCAGACUGGAGGAACAACAGAGGAUCAGCAUGAAGACCAAACCACUGAAAACGUUGAAGCAUCAAGGGAAACCCCACUGACCCACACUGUACCUGAACAGGGAGGAGUUGACCCUGAACGUAAUGCAGAGACUUCUGCAGAUACACACUGCACAGACUUCAAUGGAAAAUUAGAAUGUAAUGGUAGUCUGGAUGCACCCCUCUCAGACUGCUCACCUCCAGUUGAGGAAUCCAACAACACUUUGAGUCUGCCAUCAGAGCCAGCUCAGAGAAAAGCCAAGCGGGGCAGGAGGAGCUCUGUAAGCAGCUCAGUCCUAGAGGAGCAGGGGAACCAGGUAGAGGAGCACCAAGCCAGCCAUGGAGCAGAGGAGAAGAGACAGGGAGACCAAGCAGCUAUUCAGCAGGAAAAUGGCAUCAGGUCAAGCUCUGAUAGCCAGGAAGAGGGGGCAGUAGCCGGUUUGGACCUUGCCCCCUGGCAGGCUGACUUUAAUUUUGAGGAUGUAUUCAAACCAGUUGCCACUAGAGGGCAGCGCUCAGUACGGCGCAGCCUGAGGAACCGGAGCAACACAGAGCACAGCAGCAGCAACAGUGCAGGUCUCGCCUGGCUGCCUCGGACCUCCCCUGACACCAGUAAAGAGGCCCGCAGGAGGACCAGGGGCCGACGGCUCAGCGCAGCUCCACCCGUCACACCUCUGCUCCUUGAGGAGACACAAGACAAUGCUUCAUGAGACUUUAAGUGAAUACAUGGGAGACUGCUCAUCUGAAUGAACUGAGAUUACCAGGGGAUAACUGAUCCAUCCAUUACACCUUCAUACAUACCAUCAAUGUUCUUCAAAUUAAAUGGAAUGAUUUUCCAAGAACAGGCUGAUUGUUUUAUAUUGGCAUUAACAUUGAUGCUUGUGUUCCCCAUGAAUUAUUAGAGCUGAGCGGUAAUUUUAUUUUUUCUGUUUUAUUUUUUCUUUUUUUCUCCCCUCCACUAACCAAGCCGGUCAAUACACUGAGAGCCCAAUCAUCUCUGCUGACCACCUCCUAAUCAAUAUCCAACCACUCAGCUGGUAAUCACAGUGCAUCUUCAGUCUCACUCUCCAAAGUCACUGGAUCGAGAUCCCCAAGUCAAUAUCCACUCUUUGUGGAUAGAUGAGGACGGCUGUACUGCAUUCACCAUCUGUCAGGCAAGCCUGGGAAGGGGCUGGAAUAAUGGAAUAGUAAUGGAGGGAGAAAAUGUGACUUACACACCAGAAUCUAAUUAAUAGGCUCCAACAAUUCAGUUUAUUUGUGGUUGCUGGAAUGGUUUUGUUUUGUAGGUUUUUCCUUUUUUGUGAUCCAAGCUGUUGACAGGUCAAUGUCCUGAAGACGUCCCUGUCUCGUUGCAUUAUCUGAUCUGGUUUAAUACACUGUCAGUAAUUCUAGCAAUGGCAAGUCAAGUAGAAAUUGCCUUAUACGUUGCAUCAAAUUAAAAAGAAGCCAGAGUGUUCUCUGUGCAUUUCCUGAAAUGUCAAAAUGUACCUUGCUUGACUCCGUUUCUGAUUAAAUGCUUUGGUUGCAUGUAAAGACACCUCAUUAGAUCAAACUGUGUUCAUUUAACCAGAUGAUUCAGACUCAUUUGAAAGGAAUUCAUCCAGAUAAUAAA